UUCGGACACAGCAACAUCGGCAGCACUCCGGUAGCAUCUGACUACUACGCAGAGUCACGCAGAACGACACAACAGCGAAGAUUUUACUCUUCACGCCUGCGGUCUCUAAACAGCUGCCAAAAUGCCCGAGCCAACCGCGGGAGCAGGCAAUCAGCCUGCACGCCAGCAGGAGGGUCAGAUGUCUAUCUUCAGGACAAUAAUGCAGGGCGUGGCCAUGUAUAUGGCGAUGCAGUUUGUCAUGAAGCAGUUCGUCGGAGGCCCCAAAGCCACCACGAUCCGCGACGCCAACGGAAACCCGGUUCAGGUUGCAACCGGAAGCCAAGUGCCACCCUACAGCGAACGGCCGAAGCAACUGAACGACGGCGCCGUAUACAAUCGGAUACCACAGCUCGUGGCGCCUAUCUGGCCGGAUAACAGCGCGGUCGACAUCGUGGUGACCGUGUCUCCGUCAUUCGGACUCACUCCGCUCAAGGACUACUCCAGAGACGAGAUUGUGCUUGAAGAGAAGCAGUUUCGGAUAGGCAACUGGACGGACUCGCGCACCGCAGAGGGUACCAUUCAUGUCCCGACAGCCGUUCAGCACAACGGUACGCUCUGGGGUCAUUUCUACGUCGGCCUUUCGAACGCUCAGCUCGAUCCCACCCAGCGAGGAUACGACCCGGCUUCGGCUUACCACUUCGUUUACCCCCUCACUCAGUACAUUCCCAAGAAGAAAGAAGUCAAGACGAGGAAUCUCUUGGAGGACGCGCCGGAGGCGGCCGAGGAGCCCGCCGACGAGGAGGUUGAGCAGUCCGGACCCAUCAUUGCCAACUACUACCACCCAAAUGUGUCGCUGUCCUUCAUCCCGAACACGGGGACCUUCUCCUUCCCCCAAUCGCAUCCGGCAGUUCGCCAGUUCUUGCACCUCGAAGCAACCGGCGCCCGCGACGGAACCGGCCAGAACUCGUGGUACUACCCGAUUUUGUUCGUCAACACCUUCUGGCAGCUCCGGUCCCAGAUGACCCUGCUCAACGAAACCGUCAAGACGCUGCCAAUCCGCAUCGACCUCAACAACUUGGCCGAGUGGAAGUUCAAGACCAUGGCAACUAUCGACAUGGGCGCCAAGGAGUCGGCUCGCCAGGCCGCCUUCGGCCACUCGUUACCGGGCGGCGGCGACGGGACCGAGAUCGAGAUGAUCAAGGAGAUCUUUAUCGACACCAAUCCGAUCCUCCUGGCCGUAACCGUUGCCGUCAGCAUCGCGCACAUGAUUCUCGAAACCCUGGCCUUUGGGUCCGACAUUGCCCACUACCGCAAGAAGAAGGACAACGUGGGCAUCUCGGUGCGGUCCAUCCUGGCCAACGUCUUCAUGCAGACCGUCAUCUUCCUCUACCUGGUCGACCAGUCCCAAAACACCAGCUGGAUGAUCCUGGGCAGCCAGGCGGUCGGCAUCGUGAUCGAGCUCUGGAAGAUCACGACGGUGGUGAACGUCCGGCUUCGCCCGGCUCCGGGGUCGAUCAUCCCUUACCGGAUCUCCUUUGAGGACAAGCACAAGCUCAGCGAGACGGAGGAGAAGACCAAGGAGUACGACGAGAUCGCCUUCAAGUACAUGUACAUGGCUGCCGUCCCGCUCCUCAUUGCGUACGCCGCCUACUCGCUCAUCUACGAGACACACAAGUCGUGGUAUUCCUACGUGAUCACGACGCUGGUCGGCUCCGUGUACGCGUACGGCUUCCUGAUGAUGGUGCCCUCGCUCUACAUCAACUACAGGCUCAAGAGCGUGGCGCACAUGCCGGCCAAGGCCAUGAUGUACAAGUUCCUCAACACCUUCAUCGACGACCUGUUUGCCUUCACCAUCAAGAUGCCCUUCCUGCACCGCCUGGCCACCUUCCGGGACGACGUCAUCUUUUUCAUCUAUCUCUACCAGCGGUGGGCCUACAAGGUCGACUACACUCGGGUCAAUGAGUUUGGUCAGGGCGGCGAGGAGGAGCCAGUGGUUGAGGAGAAACAAAGGGACAAGGAGAACAAGAGCCUCCCCCCGGCGUCCGCCCAAGGCACGGCCAAGUCCACGGGGUUCGACGCACCCAAGGCGACCAAGCGCAAGUAAGGAAGGAUAUCCUUCUGGGAUGGCAUCGGAAGUAGAGAGAGGAGGGAACACCAUCUGGCAGUUAGAUAAUAGAAUUGCGCACUAGCAAGAAGCCAUUCCGGAAGCUAACCCAACGGAUAGCCGUUUAUACCAUUUUGCUUGAACGAGAUGGGUGCAUAUCGUCCCGGUGUGAUCCGGAAGCGUAGCUCUACGUACGGAGCACAUACAUAUAUAGCACACUUUGGGCCCGCUCCAGGGCGAGCCGACGGUCCACUGUGGCCCAGACCGUCCCAGGAUUGCGAAUCCCAAUCUCCCCAGAAGCCUCGUAGGGCUGAGUGGCAC